AUUUGCCAAGUCGGAAUCAACCAAGAUGGCGCGGAAACGAAAGCUGCAAACGAAGGCGCAACGCAUCAAGGAAGUAGGUGCGGAGAUCGAAGCCUUCAUCGAGGAACAGGGCGAAGCUACCAAGCUCCAGAACUAUGGCGACGAACACCUCUUCGCUAUCGACACUGCCGGCAGCACGAGCAAGAAGGCCAAGCUCACCAAGGACCCUGCUGUCUGGUCUGGCAAGUACAAGCCCGAGAAGGCCAAAGCCUUGAAGAAGACCAUCGACCGCAUCCAAGCCAAGCCAGCCGUUGCGGCGACUAAGGCCAAAAAGACGCCAGCUUUGGAGGCGUUGUGGGACACGGAAGGCAAUGCCGCCACGCCAGCGUGGAUCAAUGAAGUCGACGAAUACGUGGCUCCUGCGAUCAUCAAGAAGAAGGCGCCUCUGAGUAAUGCUCCGUCUACCAAGCACAAGGUGAAGGCCGUCGAAGUGGCCGCGGACGGCCAGUCGUACCAUCCCGAAGUCAGUGCGCAUCAAGCCGUGUUGGCGGAAGCGUUGGCCAAGGUCGCGGAAAAGCAAAAGCAGCGUGAAAAGGACCUCGCGCCGCUCGUCACUGGCAUUUCCAACAACUACAUCAUGGAGUCGUCGGACGACGAGGACGACAACGAACUUGACGAAUCCAACGUCAAUAACGACAACGUGGACAAGCCAAAGAUCAAAGCCAAGGAAAAACUCACGCGAAGCGACCGCAACCGCCAAGCGCGACACAAGGCGCUGGAGAAGGAACUGGACAGCCGCCGGACCAACAAAAAGCUGCUCGGUCAAAUCAACAAUGUCAAGACGUUGGAGAGCGGCGUGAAGAAGGACGAGAAGGUGUACCAGAAGAAGAAGCAGCUCAAGGUGUUGCUCAAAGCUCAAAAGCUGGACGACGAGCCCGAAGUCAUGAUUGCCGGCAAAAAGAGAAAGGUCGUGCGUCCGACGUUGGUGUCCACGGCGGCCGAACUCAGCGGCAACAUUCGCUCGCUCAAGCCCAAGGGAUCGGCGAUGAAGGACCGGUACGACAGUUUGCUCAAGCGCAACAAGAUCGAGAUUGGCAAGACCACGCGCAACAGAACCAAAUGGACCAAGUUCGUCCCCCGACACAAGUACCGCGACGACUUUACCGUGUAAAGCGCGCACCUUCUAUUCGUUUUCAUUGGCGGCGGCGAUCUAUUAUACUACGAGGCUGGACAAAAGUAUAUAUAAUAAUAAAAGCUACUACUACGGUGCUAUCAA